UCGUAGAAAGAGAAAAUUCAAGGCAGACAGCCAGGCACUCUUGGCAACAAUAUCGCGACAGUAGACACUCCCUCCCGCCCACGCUCUUUUCGAAUUACAUCCCUCCGGCCCCACUCGAACUACGUCCGUCUCCUCCUUCCAAACCCCGACGCCGGAAAUGGUAGCCGAAUAUCGGAGCCCUGAUCCGUUGGAUCCGCUUUCAGCCUACUCGGGUCUCUCCCUCUUCCCCAGGACAUUUGGAGUGGCGCCCGAGCCGUUGAAGUCGCACGAACCCGACUCUGAUCUUGACGCCAUUCACAACCGCCUCAAGACUAUGGCAUUAAAAAGUCCCAGUAAACUUCUAGCGCAGGCAAAAACUAUUACUGUUGAUGCUUCAGUGCUUCUGAACUCUGAAAUUGCCAAAUGUGAAGAGAAAAAGGCAGGUGCUGCAAAGGAUAAGGAAAGUCUCCAAGAAAGAAGGCCAGCCUUAGGCCGUAAGCGGGCUCGAUUUUCCAUAAAGCCUGAUAUAACUCAGCCUGCUGUAAUUUUGGAACCAAAUUUGGACAUUGAUCAACUAAAAGACCCAGAGGAGUUCUUCUCAGCCUAUGAACGACUUGAAAAUGCCACAAGAGAGUUACAGAAGCAGAUUGGUGGCAUGUCAAUGGAUUUUGAUCAGCGCAACCGAUCCACAACUGCACGACAGCGUCGACCAGGGAUCCUAGGGCGGUCAGUUAGAUACAAGCACCGCUAUUCAUCAGUGAAUUCCGAGAAUAAUGAGAAUGUUGUAACCUCUCAAGAGACAUUUGAAUCAGGCAUUGUGAGCCCACUUAAUGUCAUCUCACAAUGUGAAAAUGGCCAAAAUCUAGCAUUACAAGAGAGGGAAUUAGCUGGUUCAAUGGACGAGCCAGAGAACAAAGUUAGUCAAAUCUUGGAUGAAUUGCUAUCUGGUAAUUUUGAAGAUCUGGAAGGGGAUGCAGCAGUCAGUCUUUUACAGAAGCGCUUGCAGAUCAAACCCAUUGAUCUAGAGAAGUUAACACUCCCAGACUUGCAAGGUUUUCAAAAGACCGAUGCGAAAUCUUCAAGGAAAAACAUGCCAAAGCCUCGGAAUGCUCUAAUGGACAUAGGUAAUCUGUUAAAAGGAAUUAGCAGUGAAACACCCAUGAAGAUGAUACAUGAGGCAGAAAGCUCUGUUCAUCACAGAGCUUCACCCACACCCCCAAGAAGUCCAUUUUCUCCCUUAUCAUUAUUACAGAGACGACUUUUGCAGUCAAAGCCCUCAAGUGAUCCAUUUUCAGUUCCUGAUUUUGGGGAAGGUGACAUUGCAACUGCUAAAACAGGUUCACCUGAGGUGGCUAUUGGAGAUUUUACUUGUACAUCUCAAACAGUUGUGCAAGGUAAGUCAAGUAGACUUUCUGUUGGAGUUGAUAUCAGUUCAAGUGGAACUUGUGUUGGCAUUUUGGAUAAUGUUGGAGGCACUAAUAUGGAUAAUGAAGUUAUAGAUGAGCAAUUCAGUGAGCAUGAUGCCGAUAUUUAUCCGCACUCAAAUGGAUCCAAUAACUUGGAGGAAAAGGUGGAAGACAUGCUAGGAACUGUGGAAGUAGUAGCUUCUCAAAAGCCCAAUCGUAUCAUGGCUGACUCAAAUCAAUCAAGUCCUCUUGUCAUUGAAGACUCUGCAGUACAUGGACUCUACAGAGCCUCAAACAACAUCCCAGAACAGCAAAAAGAGGAAAGUGCCAAGGUAUCAUUGAAUGAGCAUAUUGAAGUGAAAUCACGUCAGCCCAAAGAACACAAAAGGAAAAAGCUUUCUCACAGGCAAAGCCUUGCAGGAGCUGGUUUAUUAUGGAAAUCUGGGGUAAGGCGAAGCACCAGGAUCAGGACAAGACCCCUGGAGUACUGGAAAGGCGAAAGAUUAUUAUAUGGACGCAUCCAUGAAAGUCUGGCAACGGUUAUUGGAUUGAAGUACGCUUCUCCUACAAAGGAAGGUGGAGAACCCACGCUCAAGGUGAAAUCUUACGUCUCGGAUGAAUACAAAGAGCUUGUCGAACUAGCAGCUCUACAUUGAGACGACUGAUGUUUUAAGCAAUGGUAGGAAGUAGGUACCCCCAACGAGUUCUCUCCUAUGUAUUCUGUCUCCUGACACCCUUCUUUUUCUACUUGUCACCGAGAAUUGGCUGGGAAAACCAAAAAAGAAAAGAAAAAAAAGAUAGUAGUUGUUGAGUUCUAAUUGUGGUAAAUAGUCGUCGUGGACAAUUAGCUUCUAUACUGAAACUUUUCAUUGAUAUAUGAGAAGUUAAAUGUUAUUGCAGAAUGUAGGCGUAAAGCUUCUUACCUUCUGUUUUUUU